CCCCGCUGUCUCACACGCUUGUAACAAAAUCCCCCGCAAAUAUCGAAGGAGAUAAUGUCGCUCUCCGUGCAGCUCGAGACGCCACACUCUGGCAAAUAUGAGCAGCCUAUCGGCCUUUUCAUCAACGGCGAGUUUGUACCCAGCUCCAAAGGGCGAAAAUUCGAAACAAUCAAUCCGACAACCGAAGAAGUGAUCACUUCUGUCUAUGAAGGUGACGAGGAAGACAUCGACAAAGCAGUCGCGGCAGCGCGCAAAGCUUUCGAAGGACCAUGGAAGAAAGUCACACCAGAAGAUCGUGGCAAGCUUUUGAAUCGUCUUGCCCAGCUUUUCGAUGAGAAUAACGAUUUGCUCGCCUCGAUCGAAGCUCUUGACAAUGGCAAGUCUAUCACCAUGGCCAAAGUGGACAUCAAUCUAUGCUCGGGCUGUCUUCGAUACUAUGGAGGCUGGGCGGACAAGAUUGAAGGCAAGGUGGUGGACGUUGCUCCCGACACCUUCAAUUAUAUAAGGAAGGAGGCGAUUGGUGUUUGUGGGCAGAUCAUUCCAUGGAAUUUCCCAUUGCUCAUGUGGUCAUGGAAGGUCGGUCCAGCAAUUGCGGCGGGCAACACCGUUGUGAUCAAAACCGCAGAGCAAACGCCACUGAGCGCUCUGGUGGCUGCAAGGCUGGUAUCGGAGGCUGGAUUCCCGCCUGGUGUUAUCAAUAUCGUGUCGGGCUUUGGCAAGACUGCUGGAGCCGCGCUUGCAUCCCACAUGGAUGUCGAUAAGAUUGCCUUUACCGGGUCGACUGUCGUAGGAAGAACCAUUCUCAAGGCUGCAGCCAGCUCGAACCUGAAGAAGGUCACUUUGGAGCUUGGUGGAAAGUCGCCAAACAUCGUGUUUAACGAUGCGAACAUUGACAACGCGAUCUCGUGGGUCAACUUUGGCAUCUUCUACAACCAUGGCCAGUGUUGCGUUGCAGGAUCGCGCAUUUAUGUUCAAGAAGGCAUCUACGACGAGUUUGUCAAGCGGUUUGCAGAGCGAGCACGGGCGAACAAGGUCGGAGAUCCAUUCGCCAAAGACACAUUCCAAGGGCCACAGGUCUCCAAGGUCCAAUUCGAUCGUGUGAUGAGCUACAUCAACUCCGGCAAGUCCGCAGGUGCCAAAGUCGAGACUGGUGGGACUCGCAAAGGCGAUAAAGGAUACUUUAUCGAGCCAACAAUCUUUUCCAAUGUCACAGAGGAUAUGCAAAUCCAGCAGGAAGAAAUCUUCGGACCUGUAUGCUCGAUUGCCAAAUUCAAGACCAAAGAAGACGCGAUUCGCGUAGGAAACAACACAAACUAUGGCCUUGCUGCCGCUGUGCACACGCAAAACCUGAACACUGCAAUUGAGGUGUCCAAUGCUCUCAAGGCAGGUACCGUCUGGGUGAAUACGUACAACGCAAUUCACCAUCAGAUGCCUUUUGGAGGCUAUAAGGAAUCAGGAAUUGGUCGCGAGCUUGGUGAGGCUGCCUUGGACAACUACGUUCAGCAGAAAUCAGUCCACAUCAGGCUUGGCGAUGCGUUGUUUGGCUAGCUGUCAUCAAGUCCGGCUGGAGACUUGCUGGGAGAUUCUUGCAGAAUGGCGCAAAUGAAUGUACUUAAUCGUGGGCGUGGAAUCAUGGACGGUCACCGCCUGGUUGCUCUGGUGGCGUCCCUGAUUCGGCAAAAGUCCUGUUCCUGCGUAGAGUUCGCCUCGGUCCAACGCAAUGCCCACGGAAAGACGAGGAAUUUCGUCAGCUCUAAUGGAUCCGAAGCUUGCCACAUCUUCCCUGCGACCUGAUUACACGAUUCCGUACAUGUGGCGGUGUAGUACUCUUAGUGCUGAUGCUUCGAUCCCAGCUAGCACAACGUGACGAGUAUCGGUA